CGUGUCUGUGAAUUUUUCAGUCUGAAAAAAAAAAAAUAAAUGUUUUUCUUAAUAAACUAUGUGUGGAAAAAUUAAAGUGCUGAUUCGUGUUUAAUUUGAUGUUAUUAUUACACUCCGAUAUGUACUUUAUACUAUUGUUAAUUGAAUUAUAAUUUUGGACAAUGGACUCAGUGGAAUGAAAUGAAAGCAAUAGUUCACGGGAUGAAAACAAAAUAAAAUUAAACGGAAGAAAAACCGGCUACGGAGAAACAGUGGAAUUUAAUCCUGAAAAUACGUGAAAGAAAAUUUAAAGACCGAGACUCAUUUUCUUUUGGAUCAGGGCUAUGUGAGUUAGAAUAGAGGGACCAUUGAGGACAUGAAGGCUUCGCUAUUCUCAUGAGAGACGCUCUGGGAAAGGAAAGACGAAAAAAAAAUUAAAGAACCUGGACACACGACACCUCGGGGAGAGCACUAGUCGUUGCUGCAGAAGCAGCGGGACAGAAGAAAAUGGUGACGUAAGUGCUGGUAUGCAAGUUCUAGUGGCUGAAGAAGGAGUAGUUGGUACUGUAGAGAAAACAAGAUUUAGUUGGUAAACAAUGGACUUGAGCUCGGUGCUGGUGAAUGUCACCACCAACUCACCACCAUCGCCAGCGGUAUCGCCAGCGGUCAACUACUUCACUGAAUCGGACAGUACGAGUAGAAUUUCCGGUGAGACAAUUGCUAACGUUACCCUCGAGUGUAAAGCUCAGCUGAACGACGGCGCUCUCUAUGAAUUUAUCACCCUGGGCAUUCUGUUGAACGUGGUCGGAGUAUUCGGUCUGUUUGGGAAUAUUAUAUCCAUGAUAAUAUUGUCCAGACCGCAAAUGAAAUCUUCGAUAAAUUAUCUACUUAUUGGACUCGCGAGAUGUGAUACUAUACUCAUUAUUACUUCAGUAUUGAUCCAUGGAUUGCCGGCUAUUUAUUCAUACACGGGUUUACUUUUUAACUACAAAUUCAAGACUUAUCCACGCAUCGUUAGAUAUCUGUACCCGCUAUCAUGUAUGGCUCAGAUGGUCACCGUUUAUUUAACGCUGACAGUCACAAUGGAACGUUACGUAGCAGUCUGUCAUCCACUUAAAGCACGAUCUUUUUGUACGUACGGACGUGCUAGACUCGCAGUACUUUGCAUAGUCAUUGUCUCCAUUCUUUAUAAUUUACCCAAGUUUUGGGAAGUUAAUCUAGAGGAAGAAAUUCACUGGAGAUAUAAUGUUACGGUAUACUGCGUAGUACCAGCUAUUUUGCGAUCCAGUGAUUUAUACAUCAAGAUAUACGUUAACUGGAUGUACUUCUUUGUUUACUACGCUUUUCCUUUCGUCAUGCUGGUGGUCUUCAACGUCGCUAUUUAUCGACGAGUAAGAAAAGCAAAUCGAGAUCUCCAACAGCUCUCAAGACACCAGAGACGAGAGAUAAAUCUAGCAACAAUGCUUCUGUGCGUGGUUAUCGUAUUUAUCGUUUGUAAUGUGCUUCCUUUGGUGUCGAAUGUCUUUGAGAUGUUUCGUAUUCCACCAGCUUGGUUGGUUCAAACCGGUAAUCUUCUUGUAACGAUAAACAGCAGCAUAAACUUUAUCGUUUACGUAAUAUUCGGUAGAAAUUUCAAAAGACUUUUUAUCAGACUAUUCUGUAGCUCGAGAUUCUUCAGAGCUGGUCGAGACAGUCCAGAGUUUCAAACUAAUGACGAGUCAGUCGUUACUAAUAUGACAAAUAUCGAAUUGAAAAAUUCAAUAAGAAGAAAUCAUCUUCACAGAUCAAAUACGACUGUCGUAAGAUCUAAUAAUUUACAAGUUAAUGGCAGUGGUAGAAGACAAAGUGUUAAAAUUCUUACUACGCGGGCUUCUAAUCCCGGUCCCUGUGUUUAUUAUCCUGCGAAUACGAGUCCAGGCGCCAAUCAAAAUCAAGUAUCAAUAAAUUAUGUACAGAAUGGAUGGAGUCAAAAAAAUAACAUUGAGACCGUGAUCAAUUAAAAAUAAUAUAUGAAGACUAAUAGAAAUUGAAUUGAAUUAAAGUCUGUAAGUUAGACGAGGUCUGUGUUAUUGGAUUAUUGUUGUGGUUGGUUGGAAUUAAUUUCCGAGACAAAGACCAAUUUGCUGUAGCGCUACAAGACACUUGAAUGAAGAAAAAACAUUUAAGAAACUUUUCUCGAUAUCCGCCUCGGGGUUUCUUAAAUGUUGAAAAAAAAUAAAAGAUCUUGAAAGUUAUAUAUAUAUAUAUGUAUAUAUAAAAGCAAACGUUAUAAGAAAGAAGAAAAGUCGAAUCAUCUACAGAUGUCACGUACUUGCAAGUUUCCUACUCGCAAGCGAAUCCGAUUUCAUAUGACGCGGAAGUGAAGAAAUAUGCUUUGAAAAAUCUCCUCUACUUCCGCAGCAGAUUUUUUUUUUUAAUUUUUAAUCUACCAUUUUGAAAUGAUAUUCAUGUACAUGUCAGAGAAAAUUAAAUUGUAUAUAUAUGAGAAGAAAUAUAGAUAGAAUUUAAAUAUUAUUUUAAUUUCAAUAUGAAACUGUCACUAGAAAAAAAAUUAUGCACCUGAGAUCGAAACGUUUUUUCGCGUAAUGAAAAAGAAAAAUUUCGUGUAAUUUUACUGCUUAAGGGGUAAGUGGGGUCGGGGUGGCCUAAGAUUUUCAGCUGACAUACCAGCAUCCAGUAGAUUUUUUACUUUUCAAUUUUUUUUUUUUGCGCGUGAAAAACGUUCCGAUCUUCAGGUUCAUAAAAAUUUCAUUAUAUUUUUGAGAAAGAAAAUAAACUUUGACCAAUUACUUUCUCAAUAUACGACUGAUAAAAUUUUAUGAGUGAAUUAAUUAAUCUAAAUAAAUAUUAUUAUUGUAUUAUAUAAGAUUGUAAAUAUGUUAUGUUGAUUUAUACAUAUAUAUAUAUAUAUUUUUUUUUUCUGUUUUCUUUGCUACUGAAGAUAAUGAAAAUUAGCAUACUGAUGAGAAAGUAAUCGAGUAGGUUUAAUUUUUGAAAAUCUAAUUCAAUAAUAAUAAUGAUAUUUUUAAUUAAAAUUGUUAAGCAAAUUAAUAAUAAUAAAUUAUAAAUGAUAAUAAUUACUUGCUAAUACUAUCAGAAGUGUAUAAAAAAAAUUAUGUAUUGAUUGAGUCACAUCGUAUUAAAUUCGAUGCCAACGAAGUACCUCAAAGUUUUGAUGUGAUAAAGAGUUGAAUGAUUAAAAAAAAGUAUAAAUAAAUAUGAUAAUUAAAAUAAAUACUCAAAUAAACUACCAAAUACUCAAUUAUCUAUAAAUGGGUUAUUCAAAAAUAUGUAAAAUAUUUUACGAUAUCUAAUAAAUUAUAAAUCACAUGAUAAAUAAAAAUUAAUAAUUACUCAAUAAUAAUUAUUAUUAAUUAUAAGAUCAGUAAUAAAUGAUAAUAAAAAUAUAUAAGUAUUAUAUGUAUAAAUAUGCACAGAAAAAAAUUUCUUGGCGCAAGAAAACAAAAAUUUUCUUAGGGCGCGAAAAAAGUUUCUUGGUUCAAAAAUUUAUUUUUGCUCUAUACGUAGAUAAUUUUUUAGUAAAAAUUACAAAAAAUUUCGAUACUGUGAGGGCAUGUGGAAAAUGUAUAAAUUUUUCCCAUGUACUACUCGAUAGAACACGGAAAGAAAUUUUCUUUAAAAAUUACCGUUGAAUUCACUGUAAUCGUGGGACAUACUGCGGCGCUUUUAUUUAUUAGCAUUUUUCAAAUAAAAAUUACGAAAAAAAUUUAUUUAUUUUGUGGUAGACUUCAUAAAAUUUCGGAAACCGAAUAAAAUUUACAGUAGACUACGGUAAAAUUUGUUGAAAAAAAGUUAAAAAUUAUCUUACUUACCGACAAAUGAUUAGGUCGUGCCACUCGUCGAUUCGUCCCACGAUUACCGUGAAUAUAACGGUAAUUUUUAAAGAAAAUUUCUUUCAGUGCAUGUAAAUGAAGUGCAAUUUCUACUAACAAUAGUAAAAAUUUAGUUACUGGCAAGAUCGGCUGCCCAAUUUCAAAACCAGUAACUGACAAAAAACUUUUGAAAUAUGAAAUGAAUCAUGUUCACAAGACUCCACUGGAACUAAAAAUACUAAGAAAUCGAUGUUGAAAAAUUUUUACCUUAGUGUUUUGAAAUUGGGCAGCAAAAUGUCCUUACGGUAUCAAAUUUUAUGGGUAAUUUUUACACAAAAAUUAUCUGCGUCUAAGAAAAUUUAUUCUCGCUCCAGAAAUUAUUUGUUUUCAAAUACAUUAUGACAAGUCUCUCCAAAACAUCUCUAUGCACAGAUAACUCUUAGAAUUUCUCUACCUAAAACAUAUUUAUCAUAAAAUGAAACUAUCCUUGAACUGAUUACUCCAAACAUCUCUAUCCAGGACAACUCUCCUCAAGCGCGAAGUUAACUGCGAAACUUUUGUAUUCAAUGCCAAGACUAUCCGAGUGUUUUCUCAGUUAUCAAUGAUUUUCUAGUUGAAUCGAUAAUGAAUAGUGUUAUUUCGAAUAGUCUUCUCAUUGAAUAGAAGUUUGUGUGCAUAGAGUGCAUAGAGAAGUUUCGGAGUAAAACUUGAGCUUGAAGAGGUUCUUCUGGAUAACGUUUUAGACUGAUCAGCUUAAGGGUACUUUUAUUUUACGAUAGACAUGUUUUGGAUAUAGAAAUGCUAUAGAGUAAUUAUUCUUGUUUGGAAUGCUAUGGUGUCAUAGUAGUGCCAGACCAUAUUGGCCACAUGUCGGACAUUAAAAUAAACGCACGCAAAAAUUACUAUGGCCAUAGUAAAAUCGACAACGACUAUGUCACAAAUUACUGUAACCGUUGGAUAUAUUUAGGAGUGUGCGAAUAUCAUUCGAAUCGAGUCGAAUCGAAUAGUAACAUUCGAUUCGAAUUUCGAUGGAAAAGUUGUCUUGUUCGGGUGUAUUUGACUCAAUUUGAAUAUUUUUUUCAUAGAACUCAUUACUAAAAUAAUAAAAAUUUUAUUGUAAAAAAAGUGUCAUCCGGUCAUAUCCGGAAUGAAAAGGUAAAUUUCGUAUUUUGAUUCGAAAAUUCUACAUAAAUAAAAUGAAACAUGCUACACGGCAAAAUUUUUUUUAAUUUUCCAUGUCAGAUAGUCUGCAAGAUCUCUUAGAAGUUCGAUUUUCGGAAAUCGGACCGAAACCAAUAACUUUCCGAAUUUUUGAAAAUUUAAAAUUUUCUUAGCGGGAAGUCAAAAAUUUUGAUAAUUACGACGAAUACGAAUUCUUCUUUAUUUUGAUAAUUAGUUUAUUAUUUGGUUUGAAUUCCGAUUAUUCUAAUGAUUCGAACUAUUCGAAUAAUUCAAACUAUUCAAACAUUUCAAAUAGUUCGAAUCAUUCGAACGAAUAAUUCGUAAAUUCGAAUAUUCGCACACCCCUAGAUAUUUUACUAUGGUCAUAGAAAUUUUUACAUAUGUUUAUCUCAAUUUUCGACAUGUGGCCAAUAUGGUCCGACACUACUAUGACACCAUAGCAUUCCAAACAAGAAUAAUUUCUCCGUGUAGUGGUUUUGGAGCGACGUGUCAUAAUGCCUUCAUAAUAUGAAAAAUUUCUUGCCCCAAGAAAUCUUUUUUUGUGUGGAUUAAAAAAUGACAUGAUUGAUAAUAACGUAAAGAUGUUUGUUUAUAAAAUUGCUCAGUCAUAUGAAUGGAAGAAAAAAAAAAUUUAUCAAAAUCUUUAAGACUUAAGUUGACUCGACAAAAUAAAGCCUCUUUCGUUAAUAAUCAUAAGCAUUUAAUAAUAAAAUAAUAAUAAUUAUAUUUAAUAAAUUAAAAGGGAAAAAAAGACGCUCUCAUGGCUGUACGACAAAAAAAAAAUAAGACCGUAUUCUAGUCAUGAAAAUUUUUAUCAUCUUAUUUAGUAGAUUAUUCGAUCUACUAAAUAAUAAAUAAUAUAUAAACAUAUAUUCAAAAUAUAUAAUGCAUUAAAUAUUGAGUGCUUUUAAUAUAAAACAAUAGCUUGCCUAUGAAUUUAAAUUGCAGUCAUGCCGAGGCUCAAAGAUAGUUCAUUUUUAAAUCUUUAAACAUUACUUUCAUUUGUACAUUGCAAUUUAUUUAUUUUUUUUUAUAAUGUAAUUUAUCCUUGCUCCAGAAUAAAACAAAAAAUUGUACAUAAAUUAUAACCAAAUAUAAA